AGAUAACGAAUUUUAUGGGAUGCGCCGUACAUGUUUGAUGCGCGGCUUCGACGAACCUACGUUUUUGCCACAUUUAUUCAAACCUUUGGAUCGGUUCACAAAAUGUUAACAAUCAAAAUAUAUCAAUGGCUUUAUCGAAUCGCAAGAAAUCCCAAGCUACGCUGGAUUUUCUCAUUAAAAAAAUGAUCGUGGAAGAACAAAAUCGCAAUUAACGCCUCCGUAGAGAGUGAGAUAAGAAGUACAAGUGGCAUCGGCUUGCAGAUUUUCAAAGCAUAUCGACGACGCCGUUCGCGAUAACCAUAUUGUAUGUACCCUCACACCACCAAAGGUCCUCAUCGCGUGUUUCGCACAGCAAGCCGAAUGGUGGUGUAAGUAUAUGUAUACGUGGUAUGGCAGAGCCGGUGCACCGGUAUAAGGCAUACGAGGCGAGGAGGCCGUUCGAUGUUCAUGUCUCGUAGUGAAUUACACGCCUAAAACAGCCUUCCUCGUAACCUUAUACCAGGGUGUAUACAAGAACGAACCGAUCGCACGUAUUUAUAUCCAACCAUAGCUGGCAGCCCGAAGGAGGGAGAAAGGAUAAUCUAUAAAAAGAGAGAGAUGUGUUGGUUACCCAUGCGUGAAAUCAAUUAUGUACCUCAGUUUCUCUUCUCUUCUCCCCUGAGUUUAUUUCUCUCCCUCUCUUCCUAUUAUCCCUACUAUGUACGCACCCGUAUAUAUACCUCUAUGUAACAAUUUUCUCCCUCCCCUCGGCAUAACAUGGGAAUUGGCUCUCGGGACCGCCACUCUCCUGACAACUUACCCCACUCUCUGGACAACCGGGUCGUGCGCACGCAAGAGAGCUUAAGAAUUUUUCGUUUCACAGGUCCUUAAGGCGCACGAUAUCGUACAUCCCCUCUUGUUAUUGGUCGGCUAAUGCAAAACCAGCGAAUCACGAGCCGGAUUAAUUAUAUCCACGGUCUAAUAGAGGAUUACAAAUAUUCUUAACGGGGUGGAGCCAAAAAAGCGAACGCCUACCGGCCCCAUGAAUAAAGGAGUUGAGACCUUUAUGGAGUUGCAUGGGGGGGGGGGGGGGGGGGGUUUGUGAUAAACUGGCACUUAUUGUUAAACUUGCGGUACUAAACCAGCUCGAGCAACUCGCCCCGUGAUCGUAUAGCACAGGGUUACAUGGGUAGACGCUUUGAAGUAUAGCUGGUUCGGUAUGUGGGCAUAGUUGGCAAGAUGUAAGUUUCGAACCACCGUAUACAUAAUGUUCAAACUUUUUAUUCCAUGUAACUCCUGUUUCUCUCAAUCUACGUGUUUUGUCUUUUUCUCAACAGAUGCAGCUCUUCCUUACUUUGUGUGGAAAGUUUUAUUUUCAUCUUUAUGCGUAUCCUUUUCCUACGAGGAUCAACCAACCCUAUGAGUAACGGCCUUCUGCAUCAUCCGAUGAUCACAUUAUACGUGGUAUAUGUGCAUUUUUAUUACUGGAUUUUAUGGUCUUGUUUUUCCAGAUUUCUUGAAACGUAUUUUAGAACCGGAUAUGGGAUAACAUAUAUACACCUAUACAUCGAAUUAUACCACAUCUACAAUGCACAUAGUAUACAUAUGCUUAGACAAGUAAAAAAAUUGGUGUAUAAGAAGCUGACUGUCGAAGAGUAUCAAAGUUAUUCGUUUCUUCUUUUUCCUCCAUUUCUUUUUUACCCCAUGAGCUACAUGAUCACAAUUAUGUAUAUAGAGGGAUAUAAAUUACGAAGUCUAAUCGACGCGUAAAACCUACGCUGUUUUAUAAUUGUACUUGCGUUACAGAAUAAGAUGAAAUGAAAUUAGAAAAAAAAAACAAAAAAAAAAAAACAAAAAAACGGGUUGUAAUAACGGAAAGAAGCGCUUUUUAUCCAAUACGAUCAGCGAUCAUCGACCGCGAGCUGUACGUACAGAUGCUGCGGCGUCUGUUCCAAGAAUUAACCAUUCGAUGUUUUCUGUAUGGGAAAUAAACGAUUUCCAAUUAUAUCCAUCGGGUUUUGUAAACGUGGGUAUAUAACGUGUAUGUGUACAUGCCUAUACAUAUAGUGUUUUUAAUUAAAGAUCGCACUGUAUAUAUGCAACACGUAUAACUUGAAAAAAAAAACAAAAAGAGCUAACCCUUUGUGACAAUGGAGACUAUCAAUCUAUUUACUGUACGCAUGCAUAUAUACGUAAUAAAUAUGCGUAGGUACCCAUGUAUAUGAUGUAAUUAAGACGACGUGAGAACGAAUGAAAAAAAAAUCCAAAAGGAAUUAUCGAAUGUGGUGGUUUGAAAAUUAGUCAAAUUUCCAUGGUAUUUCUACGGAGGAUGUCAAAAUGAAUGAAGAAGAUAUAGUUACGGUAGAAUAUUGUAAGCAGCAAACGGAAACGGAGAAAAACAGAAUAGGCUGUAAAAAUUAGACCGAGCGGAUGAACAAGAAGAAAUAACGAAUGGAAAAAUAGAUAACCAGAAGUUGGCGAGAUAUUACGAGGAUCGGAAUUAAUGAGGAUUCGUAAAAACGAGACUACAAUAUACAUGAAGACGAGAGGAGAACAUCGAAAUGAUGAAGUUCGAGAGAAGGAGGAGAAGAGCCAAAAAACCAAAAAAAUCAUAAUUACCACGAACAAGAAGGCUAGUCUUCCCUUAUUGCAUCCUCUAUGCACCUCUUCUCGCGCCCACGGAAGAUCCUUCCAAGUCCUAUAAACCGCGAACUAUUUCAACUCGGCUGGUGCUAAAACCUGCAAAGCAUAGGCUCUCUAGCAAUAGCGAUCAUCUUCAACUAACUCUGGGGUACCGUCCAUCAUCAUCAAUUCGUAUAAAUAUAGACUCUGCACGGUCAUCGCGAAUCAUCGUAAUCUAAUGGACGUGGGCCAGCAAUACGUGUUCGCUCCGCUCACCGAUCGGUAUAAGGGCUUCCAAUACGAAGGAGGUGAACUUCAGCUAUAUACAUAUAACACCGACCUGAUCGGAGCGCAUGCAGAAUUGGUUAUGAGCCAUCACAAUAUCAAUCUUCCUUCAACAACUCUUCCCUCGAUACUCUCUCCUUCUCCUCUUCAUCCGCCGAGUCUCUCCUCCCUCUCUUAAUUCCUCCCCUAACACGAGGUGUAUCCUAUAUGCAUACAUAUACAUAUAUGUAUACACGAGCGAAAGGCGUUGUCUUUUCACGUUACCUACACUCCCGCGGGAACUGUUACCGCCUCUGAUAUCUACCAACACAUUUACACCCCAUCUUCCCAUUGGCGAAAGCUACGAUGGAUAUGGAGGGAAGUUAAUCCAAAUCCAGCGCUGGUUUCUACCCAUGGGCGGGCACUUCUGAACAGCCAUGGCCAUUAAUCCCGUACCGAAGAGGGAAGAGGGACCCUCCCGAAUAGGCCUGCGGGGCCGAAAACGGGGGAAUUUCUGACUCCCGGUACCCUCAGGUGCAGUGGGGAUGCCGGCGGUUCAGUAGGCCACAGGCCCCUGCAGCACAGCGGUGAUCCCUUACGCGCUUCUCUAGCCGUCCAGGAUACGUUUUACCGUCCCGGCACGGGAUACGCCAACUUCUACGUUAUCUGGAAAACCUUGAAGAAAACGAAUUAAAGGACCUGCGAUCGACCACAAGUGUGCACGAUGUACGUUCUUGGAUAUAAUUACGUUACAAUCGUCCGAUGCCGAUAACGAAUAUGGAUACUGUUCGAGGGUUGUAAAGAGUGAUGAUGUGAUAUUAAAGUUUGUGCGUAUACGUUGGCUUUUAUUGUACAGUGCCGGGAUAAUUUUUAUGCCUGUUCAAGAUCUUCGUGAAUCUUUAGAAAACUGAAACAGUGUGUCGUUCGUUUCGUGUGGAAGUGCAUGAUAAUACCGAGGGAGGUUUCGUUCAGUUGAGGGUACGAUGUAACGACAUCGAAUGCCGCAUGUUCGAACGGCCGUCGCACUACAGGUGGAGAAAGAACUUGAGAAUACCUAUUCAUCGUACCUACCGUUCCACGAACCAAAGAAUAUAGGGAAAAUGAACAUGAACGCUUUUAUGUAUAGUUUAAAAUACCUGUGAUAAUACGUCGUGUAAAAGAAUAACUUGCGAAACAGUGCAAUAUUAUCGGGACAAUAUUUGGACUUCGUCACGAUGAUCGUCACGCUACGAGUGAAGAGGCUGGAUAGAAGAGGAUUGGAAUUUUCAGAAUUUCAAACGCUUGAAAUCGAGUGACUGACAUCGUUAUUUGGGAGACAGUUAUUUUCCCGAUUACGAUCAGCGAAUAUCAUGCCAAGACCGUCGCGGGAUUCCUACGGUGACCAGAAGCCGCCGUAUUCUUACAUUUCAUUGACAGCUAUGGCGAUAUGGUCGUCCCGUGAUAAAAUGCUGCCCCUUGCAGAGAUCUAUAAGUUUAUCGGCGACCGUUUUCCCUACUACAGAAAAGACACGCGAAGAUGGCAAAACUCCCUGCGACACAAUUUAUCGUUCAACGAUUGUUUCAUCAAGGUACCUCGGGGUCCUCAUCGUCCCGGUAAAGGAGCUUACUGGGCCCUGCAUCCCGAGGCGUUGUCCAUGUUCGAAAAUGGGUCUCUCCUCCGUCGGCGGAAGCGUUUCAAACUCCACAAACCUGACAAGGAUCUUCUGAAUUCCGAACUUCAGGCGUUGGCUUCGACAUUCCCGUGCAGCAGGACACCGGAUUCCGGUGUCGGCGUGGAAACGAGCGCCCCGUCGUCGACCGGUACCCUCAGCGCCGCGAAUCUCCACAGAUUGCGAGAGGACCUCAUCCAGUGGGAGAUUCACCAGGAGAAGCAGAUGAUGCAAGCCGCAGCAGCCGCCGCCGCCGUCGCUGGUUCGAUCCCCGCGGGAAACGCCGGUUACAACCUUUUCCCCGGUAACGGUAUGGGCGAAUUACCGACCAAUGGACUGUACUUCAUAUCUCAAGAGGCUCAGCAACGAUUGGGAUCCGUUGCUCAGGUGCUGCAAAAUCCUGAAAAUAUUCCUCAAGGACCGACGACCGCCGCGGCUACCGGUAAUAAUUCGUGGUCGUGGGAUUUUUCCGGGCUCUCGACAGCCUCGGCGUACAUUCAUCAUUCCAUGCAACCGUUUUUCGCCCAUCACCAGCAAUCCGUCGCUCCGGACAGGGUCGGUUCACUGUUACCGGAAGUCGAUCCGAUCCGACGAUUGCAGGGGAGCAAUACUUCGUCCCUCGGGAUCGGUCCCGCGAACCUGAAUCUCAGCAGACGGCAAAUUUCCAUCCAGAACCAGGAGGCCAGCGAUCAUUUGAUUCUGCGAUCCGGUGCAACGGGUUUACUUCCGGGUCAUUGCGAGAAUGAUAAUAACGCCGGUGAUCACGGUAGCCCCGCGGGACAUCUGAUGAGAAAUUUUUCAUCGAAGAAUUACGAGAUCGGUUCACAGGAAUCCGCCAACGAAAGGACAAGAGAAAGAUUUCCGAAGCAUCGAAAGGAGAACCAACUUCAGCGUCAGGAAUUAUCGCACCUGGCAAAGGACAGGGAUUACCGGGAAAGGGUGGACGACGUCAGUCGCAAUGACGCUAGUUCGCGGGUAGAAAAUACCGCGGAUACGAACCACGCCGUGAUCAGAAACGGCGGUGGUUACGGUAACGAUAACAGAGAAUCCUUAUCGCCGGUUCUACGGGAUCAUCCGAUGACGACGUUAAUCCAGCCCUGCAAUUACGGUAUACGGAAAAGAACCAAAAGGCCUUUUACGAUAGAAAAUAUUAUAGCGCCUGAUCACGAAUUCGACGAUCCUACGGGAGACAGAUCGGCGGAAGAUUACGAUUCGUCUAGGAACAACUCACCGAGUGGCGUUCUGACGGGCACUACUUCGGAUAAAUAUCCCCUCAUAGCUGCUCCCAGAGCACUUUACGCCGGCUUUCCACAAAUGCAACCGUUGGCCCUAACUGCUUCUGGUCUUCACAAGCGUAACAACGAGUACUGAUUAUUCAAUUGUAUCGGGUCCUUCGUCGUGUGAUAAAUUUUAGAUGGAGUCGGAAGUUAUUCGUCGAUGAAUAUAUAUAUAAAUUGCAGAAUAAUAUAUACCGGCAAUGAUUCCUCAUCCAAAAAUCACAGUAUUAUAAAAAUCUACAAUUUUUUCUCGUCUUUUUUUUUUUCUCGCUUCCUCUCGUUUUACCGAACAUCCAUAUUAUUUAUUCCGCUUGACCCUCGGUUAACGCUCACUUUAGUUUAUAAAAUGUACAGCGAUUCGUAUUUUUUUUUUUUGGGUAAAAAUGGAAAAAAAACAGGAAAUAAAAAGGUACUUCGAUUUCAAUUAUAUUCAAUUAUAUUUCGAUUAUGUUCAAUUAUAUUCCGGGCCUGAUACGCAUCGAUUACAUAUGUUUAGAUAACAUUGAGUCCUCAAGGUGUAAAUAUUCUCGUACGCGGGGUGUCCCAUUCUAAUUGAACCAUUUGGAUCAUUCGAAAGAAUGAAACGUUGUACAGGAAAAAACUUUUCAUACAAAUGUUACGGGGUCGGAAGCUAUAGGGAGGGAAAAUCUGACGCUAUCCAAUUUUUUCAAGUGACCUUUCAAGGGUCAAACGAAAGUCAACUCGGUUCCUUCGAAUGGAGUGACAUGUUUUUUUUUCUCCAAGAUCCGGAAGAGGGUCUGAUUCCGCACCAAAGAGUAAAAAUGGUUCAAUUGAAAUGGGACACCCGGUGUGGAUAAAUUUUGGGCGAUUACAUUCGGUGAUUGAAUAAAUGUCGAAUUGUGUAGUACGUCGUACUCCCAUUAAAGAAAAAAAUCUGGACGCGUUACGACGCGCGUUGACAUUCGAUUAUAAUAACACACAAUAAUGUGUACCGUUGAUAUAAAAUAUUGACGCAGGGAUUGAACGAUUAGAUAUAUCUAUAUAUAUGAAUGUAUGUACAUGCAUAGAUAUGAUCGACGUGUCGUAUCUUUAACCAAUUCCGAGUCAAUGUUUUUUUUUUUUUGUUUUGUUUUAUUCAUUCACGACACUUGAACUGCAUAAUCGAUUACAGGUAUAAUAAUGAUAUAGUUUCUGCGGAAUAUUGUGAUUUAAUUUUGCUCCUCUGAUCUAUAAUUACUGAUAUUAUUUAUAUAAACUGAUACGAUAACGGAGAGAAGGAAUUAUAAUGAAAGCAAAAAAAUAAUUGAAUAAUCAUAGAAUUAUUUUGAAAUCUGUUCAGCUGUCGCGUGUAUUAAUUACGAUAUCUAUAAUCGAUAACAUACCUACGUAGAUUGAUAUUACAAUUCACAAUGAUACUGCGAAUAGUAUACAUAGUACAUACAUGUGAAUACGUUGAUUCGAGAAAAUAAUAAUAAAUAAUUAUAUUAACUCUAUACCAAUAAUAAUAAUGAAAUUGUAAUAAUGAUAACGGCGAAUAAGUGAUUAUAAAAUUAGCUGUAAGAGUGAAUAAAUUAUUGUAAAUAUAUAAUGACACAUAUAUUAUAUUGAAGAAAAAGAGAAGACAAACGAGAAAAGUAAGAAAACAUAUAUAUAUAUAUAUAUAUGUAUACGACACGUAUAUACAUGGUAAUUGCAGUUGAAUCGAAUUUUUAUUAUAAAAAAAUAUCAAUUAAAUAUUUCUCCCAACAACUGAUUAAUUUUCCCCACAUACGUAUGGUUACUGGAUGAAGGAAAAAAGAAAUUACGGGCACGUAACAACGCCCGGAAUGUAUACCUUGUACGUACAAAGUAAACACACACGUUUACGUCUCGUAUUAUAUACCUAACAGUAUAAAGAGUCGAAAAGCGAGCCUCAAUUUCACCUGCCAUAUAUUUUCGAAUCCUGCGGAUCAUUAGCCCGAUGUAACUACAGAUAUACCUGUAAUAACAGAAGAGCCGAGCGGUGGCCAUAGAGCGCUGUAACGCAGGUUUGUGCGGUGGUAAAAUAGUGUUUGUAAUCCUUUUGAGAAGUGAUUUACAGUUCUCCAUUGUCGUCGGGGUGUACCAUGGGCUAGAGAAAAGCCCACGAGUUGCCAGAAAGAUCGGUGUAUACCUACAUUAUACCCCAUUACAAGCUCGCGGAUGCUGCGAGUUUCAACAAUCGAAAUAUCUUUACAUUCUAUUAAUUUUUCUCCGUACCGCCACCUUUGUUCAUCUCCUCUGCAUGUUACAGGUACGAAUUUUACGAUUAAUUUCUAUUCACAGCGGUAAAUUAAACUCCGAUCAUUCGCAUGUUUGAUAUUAUAAUGUACUCGCGUGAAUUUUAUAAGGUUUCGUUUUCUGAGUCCGCUUUUAAUCGACGAUAAGUCCCGAUUUUUUGUGCACCUUUAAUUUUUUUCGCUCGUUAUUCCGAUAAUGAUACUUGUCGAUCGCAGAUCUGCGGUACACAAAAAGCGAGAUAUUAUUCAAUACACAAUUAACUCGUAUCACGGCCUAUCUAUCGCGAGGUUGGGGAAUUCGAUUGGGUGUAUAUUUUCGUACAGAUCUUUCGGAUCUGCUGCUCUAGACCUACGUAUAGAUCAUUUACACCUGCGGAUUUCGAUCGUUCGAUAACACGGAGAUAAGUAAUCGUACCUAAAAAUAAGAAGUCGGCGGCCAGGGUUGCUGCUGAAGAGUAGAGGAUAUCGAGUGUCGUUUCUCUCAUUUCGAUAAUUAGGAGAUAGUAUGAAAUUUUCUUUGUAAAUAUUAAUUUGUUACCGUGAUGUUUUUUUUUAAUCUUUAUUUCGUGGUCGGAAACCUGCGACAAAACGGUCACCGGUUUCGAUUAAUGGACACAUUCGUCGAAAACUCGAAAGAAAAACGCCGAUGGUAUCCAGUUAUCACAUUUCAUUACACAGCGUCCUUGCGGGUCGUCUGUAUACCCUACAGGUGUGAAUAGCUAUCCGUAGGUUAAAUGAAUUCUUAGAAUCUCGAUAGAAUUUAUCACAGG